GUAUGUUUUCUUGUGUUAUUGGACAACUAUUACCUAACUCAUAUGGGGUUCAAGAUUAUCAUUGUUUGAAAGGUUCCUUCCUCGUCGUAGUUCGCGGUCAAACUCAAGCAAGAAACCGUCGACAGCUGCUUAGUCCUGUGACGGAUUCCCCAAUGGAGACCAAGAAGAGACGGGGUAUCCUGGAGCGCCUGGAUGCAGGGGAGGUGGUCGUGGGUGAUGGAGGCUAUGUUUUGCAGCUGGAGCGACGUGGCUAUGUAAAGGCUGGACACUGGACGCCUGAGGCUGCUGUUGAACAUCCUGAAGCAGUGAGGCAGCUGGCCAGAGAGUUUCUGAGAGCAGGAGCCAAUGUGAUUCAGACAUUCACCUUCUACUGCAGUGAGGAUAAGCUGGAGAUCAGUGGAAAUGUCACCAACAUCACUGGUGCUCAGAUUAAUGAAGCUGCCUGUGACAUAGCAAGGGAGGUUGCCAAUGAGGGAGACGCAUUGGUUGCCGGGUGCGUGUCCAGGACUCCAUGCUACAUGCAAAGUCACAGCGAAGCUGCAGUCAAGGCCAUCUUUAAGAAACAGAUGGAUGACUUCCUGAAAAAGGACAUUGAUUUCUUUAUAGUGGAGUUUUUUGACCAUGUGGAAGAAGCAGUGUGGGCAGUGGAGGUGAUGAAGACCAGUGGUAAAGCAGUUGGUGCAACACUGUGUAUUUCCCCUCAUGGAGACAUGAGUGGAGUCCCACCUGGAGAGUGUGCUGUCAGGCUGGUCAAAGCUGGAGCUGACAUUGUUGGAAUAAAUUGCCACUUGGACCCUCUGACUUGUGUCCGCACAGUGAGGCUGAUGAAAGAAGGAUUAGAGAAAGCUGGUCUCAAAGCUCAUCUCAUGAUCCAGCCUCUGGGCUUUCACACACCUGAGUGUAACUUUGGCGGAUACACUAGCCUACCUGAGUUCCCCUUUGCACUGGAGACCAGAGCAAUGACUCGCUGGGACAUCCACAAGUAUGCCAGAGAGGCUCACAAAGCAGGAAUUCGCUACAUUGGUGGCUGCUGUGGUUUUGAACCCUAUCAUAUCAGAGCCAUAGCUGAAGAGCUGGCUGCAGAGCGAGGAUUCCUCCCUCCAGCUUCAGAGAAACAUGGACUCUGGGGAGCUGGUCUAGAGAUGCACACUAAACCUUGGGUCAGAGCCAGGGCUCGUCGAGAGUACUGGGAAAACCUUUUGCCUGCUUCCGGACGUCCCAAAUGCCCUUCAAUGUCAACACCUGCUGCUGAUUAUGAAAAAGACGAGUGUUAACAUGCUAGCAUAAUCUGUAGUGCUCACUGUACUUUUCAGUCUGUUAAUCUCGCAGCAUGGUCAGCUUUGUUAGAAUUUCUUUAAGUUUUCAGUGAUUGAGCAGUUUUCCUCUAUUUUUUUUAAACUCCUAGCAAAAUGACUAAACCUUUUAACAGUUUACAUCAGAACAAACUUUGUUUGUUCUCACUUUAUACAUGUGAUAGUUCUACAAAAAGCACAUUUAUUUUUACACAUUUCUGGAUUUAUUUUGUAGUUUGUUUUUAAAUAUUUUA